AUGAAAGAGGUUAGCCUGGUAAUAGACGUAGAAAAAAUAGUGCAAGCAUGCAUUUCCAUUAAUGAUAAAAACUCAAAGAUAACUAUUGGAUUUAACAGCUCGAGAGAGCACGCUGCCAUACUAGACCACAUACUUGACGGCAAUCUAAAAAUAGAAAGUAAGAACAGUGCUGAAGAAAAGGAGGUCAUCUUAAAUACAGUCAAGAAGGAGAUGUACCAGCACCUCAUAUACAAUGAGUACACAGCAUACAUUAUCCGCGCUUUAGAUGAUGCAUUAAGAACUAAAGAAGAGAACUUAGUUAGAUGUAAUUGCAUUCGUCUGCUCAAUGAAAUCAUAAAGCCAAACACUCUUAUAUACAACCCAAGCCACGGAAUACAGAGGAAGUGCAACAAGAAUGAGGCUCUGGACGGUAUAGGCCCAGAGAAUGACAACCCCGACCUAAGCACCCGGACAUGCACACUGCUGAUUGAUGAUGAAAAGUUCUCGAGCUUGGAAAGCCUGCUCCAUUUUACCACAGAUGGCCUGAAAAGAGAGAAUUUUCGUAACACUGAAUAUUUUUCAAAUUUAAAGCACAAGCUGAAAAACUUCCCUUCUGUAACUCUCUACACCCUUGAUCAACUGUACAGCGAAAAGUAUGAAGGCACAGAGGUGCCUCUGGUGGAUUGGGGACUGAGCCUUAUCCAUGCAAAUUAUUAUAAAAUUGAGCCGUUAAACAGCCUAAUCGAGCAGAUAAAGGUGAUUGUUGAUAAAAAUCAAAAGGAAAUGAUUGAAAAAGAGAUUCACGAUGUACUUGGCUCUGGCGGCCUGGAAAUAGUUGCUUCUAUUGUUGAAAAUCUAGAAAAAAUUAGACAUGAAAAAAAUAUAUACAACCAAACAAUCAAAGCAGUAGAAUACAUGGCAAAUAACAGUCUAUUCUUGGACCCAGCAGAUGGAACAAACAGAUUGGAGAUAGAUCCUAACUUAACUCGUUUCUAUGAGAAAUACAUAAUCAACGGAGGCCUAUUAGAAAAGAUAAAUGAAAAAAGAGAUAGCAUAGAUAAAGAAAUAGAAAAUAAAAAGGAAGCCCUUGAAAAAGAAAAAGGCUGCAUAGAAAAAGACACUUGUAAAAAAGAGGGGGAGGUGAAUAAAUCAGAUGCAGAGAAAAGCCCCCAAGAUAUAAAAAAGAGCAAAGAAGAGAUGGAAAAAAUAAAAUGCAACAUUAAUAUUCUGGAACACGAAAUGUAUUUUCUGCGUUGUGCUGCAAAAAAAGAAAGAACACAGUUUAACAAUGUCGAAAAUAAGCUUCUGGAAAACUUAGAGCAUUUAUCUGAAAUGACCUCCGAGCAAAAAAACUAUCUAUUCGAGAAGAUUAAGACAUUUGCAAAAAAGCUAGGUGUAAAUGUAGUAGAAGUAGCAAAUGAAGCAGAAGUAGCAAAUGAAGCAGAAAUACCAGAAGAAAACAAGCUCUUGCCAAUAAACACUGCCCCAAAAAGCACAAGUAUAGUAGUUAUGGCAUGUGCUAUUCUUAUAAUAAUAUUAGCUACAGCGCUAUUUACUGCUUAUUCAAAGAGUGAAAUAAUAAAGUUUGCAAGUGCUAGUUAUUUAUGA